GCCCAUUUAAAAACGACCCGAGUCUUUCACCGGCACACGUGCGCGGUGCGCCCCUCCUCAUCCGAAGAUAAGCUCUGGAUUUCCCGCAAACUAAUUCUCCUUCUACAUUCUCCAUUUUGCUGAAUUCUCAGUUCUGAGCUAGCCAUGGCGGCCGCAGCGACCUUCAAUCUGAUAGGCUCCUUCAAGGGCCUCUCUCUCUCAUCCGGUUCUUCCUCGUCCUCUUAUUCUUCCUUCUUCAAUGGCGGAUUCGCUGGCCUGGGGCCCCAGAACUCCGUGUCCCUCCCGCGAAAGGGCGCGUUCCAAUUGACCAUCGAAAUGGCUCACAAGAAGGGAGCCGGGAGUACCAAGAACGGCCGCGACUCCCCCGGCCAGCGCCUCGGCGUCAAAAUCUUCGGCGACCAGCUGGCCAAGCCCGGAGCUAUCAUCAUCCGCCAGCGCGGGACCAAGGUUUUCCAUCCAGGAAACAAUGUGGGAAUGGGGAAGGAUCAUACCAUCUUCGCACUGAUCGAUGGCCUCGUCAAGUUCGAGAAGUACGGUCCUGACAGGAAGAAGGUGAGUGUAUACCCACGAGAAGUUGUGCCGGAGAACCCCAACAGCUAUCGAGCGAGGAAGCGAGAGCAGUUUAGGCUGCAGCGUGAGAAGAAGAAGGCCAAGAAGGAAGGCAGAACCUUUGCACUGCCGGAGCCACAAUUGGUUCUUGCUUCCAAGGUUGAUGCGGCAGAAGACAACCCAGUCUGUUGAUCAAGUAGUACUGUCCAUUGCAUGAAUGUAAAAAACUGGGUCAACACUUUUGUUAUUGCUUUCGAUCCUGUGUAGUGUAAUUGUUUGGCUGAUUCGAUUUGGAGAAUACACGGAUUUACUGUAUCCUAUUUAAUGUAUUUGUUAGGCUGGAGAUGGAAUACACAGAGAUACUGCCUUUAUUGUAAUGUGGCUGAUUGGCAGAUUUACUGUGCUUAAACGAAACAAAAUAGCUGCGUAGGUACUCAAAUGGUGAGAUUAAAUCCAAGAGAAGAGAAAUUCUGUCAUUCUACAUCAAAACAUAAAUUCAAGUCUGUCAAAUCUUAAACAUGUAGAACAAAAACUGAGAGUACAUUCAAAACUAUCUCUUUUACUUUUCCUAAACUUUGGAGUCGUUCUCAUCUCUUUAGGAUGCUGCAGCCAGUAUACAGAGGAAUGACCAGACGAACCAACCACUUUCCAAGCAACUGCUCCAUGCCUCCCAACACCCCCUGCACAAAUUAUAUGCGUUUCAAUCAAUCUUUAAGACCUAAUUUAAGAAGAAAUUUGUUCAACAGCCAAUAGCAGUUGG